GAAAAAAGAAAAGAGAAAGAACGAAACAACCUUCCCUCUCAGGUCUUCACUUCACUGCACCCCUACUCCUCCACCCCAGGUUUCUACAAACUGCCUCCUCCCAGAAAAGCGCCGUGCCGGACUCUGUAGGCGCGGGGGUGGGUGGGGGAAUCUACUCCUGGGAGAUGCCGCUGCUGCUGCCCAGCUGAUUUCAACGCCAGAGCCCCAGGAAGCGAGCGACUCCUCUGUCCAGGUCAAAGGGACUAUAUGCUUUCAGUGCUACAAACGUGGUGUGAUUGGGGAGAAAUCUGGUCACUACUUUCCUGGUCUGUGCUCUGGUUCUUCUUCAGACAGUUCUGCCACUGAACAAAACAGCAUGAAUACUCCAGACAACGGGGUCAACAGUCUUUGUGCCAUAUGUGGAGAUCGGGCAACUGGAAAGCACUAUGGUGCCUCAAGUUGUGAUGGGUGCAAAGGUUUCUUCAGACGGAGUAUUCGAAAGAGUCAUGUUUAUUCCUGCAGGUUCAGCCGACAGUGCGUUGUUGACAAAGACAAGAGGAAUCAAUGUAGAUAUUGUCGUUUAAAAAAGUGUUUUCGAGCAGGAAUGAAGAAAGAAGCUGUGCAAAAUGAACGAGACAGGAUAAGCACAAGGAGAAAUAACUUUGAAGGCAGCAACAUUCCCUCUAUUAAUACAUUGGCACAAGCUGAAGCUCUUUCUCGUCAGAUUCCAGUUUCAAGCCCCACUGCAAAUACCGACAUAAAUGUUAAGAAAAUUGCUAGUAUUGGUGAUGUCUGCGAAUCUAUGAAGCAGCAACUAUUAGUCCUGGUGGAGUGGGCUAAAUAUAUCCCUGCUUUCUGUGAGUUACCAUUGGAUGAUCAGGUUGCACUUUUAAGAGCACAUGCAGGAGAGCACUUGUUACUUGGUGCCACAAAGCGAUCCAUGAUUUAUAAAGACAUCUUACUUUUGGGUAACAACUACAUCAUUCAUCGGAACAGCUGUGAGGUGGAGAUCAGUCGUGUGGCCAAUCGCGUUCUCGAUGAACUAGUCCGCCCAUUUCAGGAAAUUCAGAUCGAUGACAAUGAAUAUGCUUGUCUGAAGGCAAUUGUAUUUUUUGAUCCAGAUGCAAAAGGAUUAAGUGACCCAGUGAAAAUAAAAAAUAUGCGAUUCCAAGUCCAGAUCAGUUUAGAGGACUACAUCAAUGACAGACAAUAUGAUUCCAGGGGAAGGUUUGGUGAAUUGCUUUUGCUCCUGCCUACACUGCAGAGCAUCACUUGGCAAAUGAUUGAGCAAAUACAAUUUGUCAAAUUGUUCGGGAUGGUUAAAAUUGACAAUUUACUUCAGGAAAUGUUACUAGGAGGUGCUUCUAAUGAUACUAGCCAUCUUCAUCAUCCUGUGCAUCCUCAUUUAUCCCAGGAUCCAUUAACCGGGCAAACUAUACUUAUUAGCUCUAUGUCAACUCCAGUGCGUACAGAACAGAUCUCAACUCCGGAAACCCCACUACCUUCCCCACCUCAAGGCUCUGGACAAGAGCAGUACAAAAUGCCCACAAACCAGGCUUCAGUCAUUUCACAUCAGUCUAUUCCCAAACAAAAGCAAUUGUGAUAAUAAAUGUUGCAUUUUAAUUUUUUUUUAACAUGCACUGCUUAAAUGUGAAUAAAGGUGAUAUUAGAAAUAUCUCAGAAUAGUGAUUAAGGCUAACCCUUGGCCAAAGAAUUAUGGUGCUGUUUUAAGAGGGUUUCCUAUUAUCUAUUUUUUAAAAAAAUCUUUGAAAGCUUUAAGACACAAAGUAAUAAUACAACUCUGAGUUUGGAUAUAAUGUUAUAACUUGUUCUUAGUCGUUUAUAUUUUCUCUCAGCCCUCGCACAGUUUUGGAACUAGUUAAAUCUGAUAUACCACUUGAAGAUAUCUUCUUAAUAUUCUCUUAAAUCUGUAAAUAAUUUCUUCAUAGAGACAAGAUGCAGAACUAAGUGUACUUUUUUGCUGUGAAUAGUCGACUAGAAAGCCUCAGUUAAAACAUGAACCAAAGCUUCAUAAAUUAUAAACUUGUAGAUUAGUAAAUAAAGUAGUUAUUGUAUAAUGGAGCCAAUGUCAUUUAAAAAAUAUAACUUGUAGUCAUUGUUUGACUUAACAGUUCCAUGUAUUUGAUCCAAAAACAUCUUCUGCUAGGUUUAACUUGUUUGGAGAAAUCAAGAAGCAUAAUUCAUUCACUUAAAAAAGUUCAAAGAAGCGUGGGAACAUGCAAUACUUGAGCUGCUCUGUAUAUGUAUAUAUGUGUGCACGUGUGUGUAUGUGUGUUCACUGAUAAAUGAAUGAGCCAUAGCAUUUAUUUGUACGUUUUUAACACACAUUUUUUAAAAACACACUUCUCUAUAGAAAAAAAACUUAAAUUUCUAAGGAAAGUAAAAGAAGGAAACAUCUGCAGUGAUUUGGAGAAAUUUUAAAAGAGAAACCCAUUCAAUCCAGUAGAUUUUCAAAUAGCACAUGGCAAGGAGCCUAAGUGAAUCACACACCUAUCAUACCAAGGCAUAGUGCGGUUUCCAGAGGUAACUGAUUAUGCUUUUCUCUUAUCUAAAAAAAAAAAUAGUAUCCUUGCCCUUUAAUAGGGACAAUUCAAAAUGUUUAUGUUAUGCACUUAGUAAUUAUUAACAUUGAGUCAUUAUCAUGACCACAACAAAGAGUAAGAAGACAUUAUUGGGUUGACCCCAGAAACAGUUUUCUACCUUUCAAUUUUCAAGCCCAGUUUAGAUUAGCAUGAAGAUUACAGAAGGAACUCUGGCCAUUCCAAUGCUAUGAUUCCCUGAAUGGCUUCAUUAAAAUGUCAGCUAAUUCACUGGCUCUUCAAGUGGAAUUAAGUUUUAGAAAAUAGAAACCUUAAAAACUCAGAGUGAUUUCAUAGAAAUCCACAAAAUGCCUUUAAAUAAGAUGCCAUCCUUUGUGGAUUGCUAAAUAUACCUGUAAGAGUAAGAAGAAAAAAAUUAUCUGAGCUUGUAACUUUUGGAUAUUUGUUUUUAGAGUGUUUCCUUUUUAUAUGUGUAAGGAUUCUCUGAUUUAUGAAGACGGCUUUGCCUUUUUGUUAACUUUUGAUUCUUUUUUAUACUGUUCUCUUUUUUAGACAUGUUGGAAUGUGACUUAAAUAUAUAAUAUAGAAAAAAAUUUAGUAUAUUAUAUAAACAUACCCAGAUAAAUUUACCAAGCAGCCCUACACUAUUGAGCUUAUAAGAUUGGGUUUUCAUGAUUCAAUCUCAUCAGGGAAUAUAUAUGAUAAAAUAUUUUUAUAUAUUGAACUGCCAAAAUAAGAAGACUAGGCAUAGGCACAUUAAAAGUUUCAGGAUAUUUUCAAUUUAUAAAUAAAUGAUGUUAUCUAUUUUAUACAGUGAAAACUUUUCAUAUAAUGAAAAUGAAUAAUUUAUUGUGAAAUGUUGAUUUAUUUUAUAAAUAUAAAAUUAUUUUUAUAAUUACUUUGCUAAAAAUCAAAAAUGACUAGAUUUGUUAAAUGUUAAAUUAUAGUGAAAUGAAAACUUUCCCCUCAAACUGUGAU